CAGUUAACGAGUCAAGCGUGUGAAAGACUUCUAUAAUUGUAGUGCGAAAGAAAUUUAUAUAGGGCGAACAACAUUUAGACGAUGGAAGUGGAUACAAUAAUACCGGAUUCUGGCCCGGCUGCGGAGCUACAAGAUGACACCCCCAAUGAAAAUCCGGAAAGUUUCUGUCGUUUGUGCUUCUCGGAGCAGAAUAUCGUGUCACUGUUUCCGCCGGAUGGUGGAUAUUUGCGCGAGUUGACGGAGAAAAUCCGCUACUGUGCUGGGGUGAAAAUUUCAAUACGAGAUGACUACCCAGCGGGAAUAUGCGAAUCGUGCGUCGCCUUUCUCGACGAGGUGCAUCAGUUUCAGAAGCGAAGCCGACAUUGCGAUGAGAUCAUCCGAGCCAAACGUAACCUGCUGGAACAGAUUCAUGUUAAGGUGGAAAUGCGAGAAGAUGACGGUGCUGCCGGAGCUUCCCAAGCAUCGAUACCGGCGGCGGAAGAGCAAGAGGAAUACGCCGGGGAUGAUUGUCUUACGGAAAGUAGUAUUAUAGCCGAUGCCAUCACGAGCUUGAACGGAAUUGGAGAACUGAUGGGUACAUUUCAGGGUGGGUUGGAGCAUCAGGUCUUCCCAAAAAUGGAACCUUCCGUUGCGGCCAACGCCAACAAGGAACAUCGUUGCAUGGUGUGCGGACAUAUCUUUCCGGACCGGGAGUCUUGGAUGAUUCAUCUGGGAGAUCAUGCAGAGGAACGUCCGUACCAGUGUCUGGAAUGUUUGGCACAGUUCCGCGAGAAACGAUCGUUGGCUAGACACAUGAAGGCGGUCCACGAAGAAAUUCGGGACCGAAAGUGUCCCUACUGUCCGAAAUCGUUCAAGUACAGUCACCAUCUGCGGUACCACAUCCGCACGCAUACCGGCGAAAGACCGUACGUUUGCGAACUGUGCAACGAUAGCUUUUCGCAGCACAUCCAGUGGAAGCGACACCAAGCAAAACACCAACGGCAACCGGAUGCGGUUCAGCCGUUACCCCGCACUGGCAAAGUUACCGCAGAAGACGCGUCAAUCAAGUGCGAAUUCUGUCCGAGGGUAUUUUCCCGUUUACAGGACUAUCGGCGGCAUGCUCCCAGUCACAAUGCAGAGAAUUUGAACUUGGAUAGUCUGGCCCAGCAUCAGCUGGUGACACUGCAGACCAUGAACCAGCGUUAACGGGUUCCCAUUACCACAAUCACCGUAUUUUGCCAUUAGCUCAUUUAUUCGAACUUACCGGAAAAUGAGUUCAGUUGGUUUAUCGAAUCGAUGACGACAAAUUAUUUCGUUAAUCAUAUUUUAUUUAGUUAACUUUCCGUCGAAAAAAAAUUACUAACAAAAUAGUUUGUAUCAUGUUUGUCACAAUUAUUUACAGGUUCUC